GAUCAUCUCUACGAGGCCUUGGUUCAAGCUGGAAUUCGCACCUUCAAGGAUGAUGAUGAACUUCCAAGAGGACGUGAAAUCUCUUCGGAGCUUCUCAAAUCAAUCGAAGAAUCAAGGAUCUCCAUCAUUGUUUUCUCAAGAAACUAUGCUUCUUCGAGAUGGUGCCUUGACGAGCUCGUGAAGAUCAUUGAAUGCAAGAAAACACAUGGACAAUUAGUUCUCCCAAUAUUCUACCAUGUUGAUCCAUCUGAUGUACGGCACCAAACGGGGUGUUUUAGAGAAGCAUUUGGAAGACACGAAAAGCGUUACCUGGAUGAGAUGGAGAAGGUGAAGGUGUGGAAGGCUGCCCUCGCUGAAGCUGCCCUCUCUGAAGCUGGUAAUAUAUCAGGCUGGGAUUUGAAAAAUGUUGCUAAUGGGUUUGAAGCAAAGUUCAUCCAAAAAGUUGUUGAAGAGAUUUCAUGUAAACUGAAACGUACAUUCCUAGAGGUUGCUGACCACCCAGUUGGAAUAGCGUCUCGUGUUGAAGACAUCAAUUUGUUGUUGAGCAUUGGAUCAGAUGAUGUUCGCAUGAUUGGGAUAUACGGCUUGGGUGGAAUAGGCAAAACGACCAUUGCAAAAGCUGUGUAUAACCGUAUUUUUCGCCAAUUUAAAGGGAGUUGUUUUCUUGCAAAUGUUAGAGAAUGUGCAGGACAAUCCAAUGGCCUGGCUCAAUUGCAAGAACGACUUCUUUCUACAUUAUUAGGGACAAAGAAUCUAAACAUUGAUAGUGUUCACCGUGGAACUAAUUUGAUGAAAGAAAGGCUCCAUUCUAAAAAGGUUCUCAUUGUUCUUGAUGAUGUGGAUGAUUCAAGUCAAUUAAGUACCUUGGCAGGAAAUCAUGAUUGGUUUUGUCCAGGAAGUAGAAUCAUCAUAACAACUAGAGAUGAGCACUUGUUGAAGUCACCGAAAGUUGAUGGAAGCUACAUGGCUGAGGAAUUGAAUCACAAAGAAUCUCUGCAGCUUUUCAGCUCUUAUGCUUUCAGAGGAACCAAUCCAUUAGAAAAUUAUGCAGGGCUUGCAAAUAGUAUAGUACGUUAUGCAGGAGGGCUUCCACUAGCUCUUGAAGUUUUAGGUUCUCAUUUGUUUGAACAAGACAUGGAAGUAUGGGAAUAUGCAUUUGGUUUAUUACGACAAAUUCCUCAUGAGAAGAUUCAGAAAAAACUUCAGAUAAGUUUUGAUGCACUAGGUAAUGACCAAUUUAAGGACAUCUUCCUUGAUAUUGCGUGCUUUUUCAUUGGAAUGGACAAAGAUCGUGCCAUUACUAUAUUGAAUGCUUGUGAUUUAUCUGCUAAAUAUGGAAUCAGUGUGUUGAUUCAUAGAUGUUUAUUGAAAAUUAAUGAACAAAAUGAGUUGACAAUGCAUGAUCUACUUCGGGAUAUGGGAAGGGAAAUCAUUCGUCAAGAAUCUCCCAAUGAGCUUGGAAAGCGCAGUAGAUUGUGGCUUUAUGAAGAUGUAUUGAACGUACUUGGAAAAAACAAGGGAACAGAAAAAGUCGAAGGUGUGACUGGACUACCCAUGUUAAAUAUGAUACGGUGGAGUAAUAAAGCAUUUGUUGGGAUGCAAAAGUUAAGACUACUUCAAAUAAAUCAUGUGCACUUGAGUGGAAAUUUUGAACAUCUAUUUGAAGAGUUAAGGUGGCUCUGUUGGCAUAACUGUCCAUUGGAGUAUUUACCAUACAAUUUUCAUCCAGAGAAACUCGUUAUUUUAGACAUGCAGUUCAGCAAAAUUAAAGCACUCUGGAAAGAUGGCGAGAACUUCAAGAGCUUGAAAAUUCUAAAUCUCAGUAAUUCUAAAUGGCUAACAAAGAGCCCUAUCUUCUGCGCACUUUCGAUGCUUGAGGAGUUACUGCUUCAAGGUUGUACAGGUUUAAUGGAGCUCCAUGAAUCAAUUGGGCUUCUAGAUAAACUUGUUCACUUGAAUUUGAAAGAUUGCAUGAAGCUCAGGUAUCUUCCAGGCAGUAUCUGCAAGUUAAAGUCUGUGAAACAUCUAAAUCUCACUGGUUGUGCAAAACUAGAGGAGUUUCCAGAGCACGUGGGACAUAUGGAAAGCUUAACAGAGCUUCUUGCAGAUGGAACAGCCAUUAAACAAUUACCUUUCUCUAUUGGACUAUUGAAGAAUCUUAAGAGCUUAUCGUUGAAGGGAUGUAAUAGGCAAUUCACAAUUAAAUCCUGGUUGUGUCUCAUUUCAUCUUGGGUUUUACCGAGAAAAACUCCAGACUCCAUAGGAUUGUUACCAUCCUCUGUUUCAAGUUUGUGUUCCUUAACAAAGCUAGUUCUCAGUGAUUGCAAUCUGUCGGAGGGAAACUUACUAGCUAAUAUUUGGAGUUUAUCCUCAUUGCGAACCUUGGAUUUAGGCAGAAACAAUUUUUGUAGCCUGCCAUAUGGCUUCAGUCAUCUAUCCAAGCUAGAAAACCUUGGGUUGGAAGACUGCACAAGUCUUCAAUCUAUCUUAGAUCUUCCUCCUAAUUUACUUAGCAUAAAUGUUUGUGGUUGUGCAUCACUUGAAAAAAUAUCCAAUAUAUCAAAAGUGAAGAAUCUAUUUGUGCGGUUGAGUAACAUCCGAUUUGAAGUUCUGCAUAUUCUCUUAAAUCAGAAGAGGGAUGGAAUGGAAGAUCCUCACUGUUUUCAAGGUGCACGAAUCAUCCCCUUGGACAGGCACAGGCUCAACAAUUUACAAAAUCCCCGUCAGCAUCUUCAUGACAGGGAGUUACCCAGGGAGUUCCUCCAUCGACUAACAGGGUCUUUUCCGAUAGAUGGCCAUGAUAAAAUGUUUAAUGUAGGAGUUGCUUUUUAUAAAGCUGGGGAUGAAGAAAGCUGCUCCAUGGAAUUAGAUGGUUAUCCAUACAUCAGUGAUGACAUAAAUCGCAUCAGUUUAACUUGUACCCACCCAUCCAAAAAAACUUGUACCCCAACCUUGUUCUUUGCCAUCCCUGAGAGUAGUGGAGAUUAUGUUUGGCGACGCCAUGUAGAAGUAGAAGACUAUAUUGGGUUUAAAAUUAAAGAUGGUGAGCAAUUUGAGGUUUUUAUCAUUGGGCCGUCAUUUUAUCGAGAGAAGCAUUGUGCAAUGGAUCUGAUUGUCCGUCACAACAGAGGCAACACCAUUACCUUUUAUAGAUUGAGUAGUUUACUGGAGCACUUCUCCUAAGAGUCAUUAGAAGAGCAGUAGUGUGUAAUGGAUCUGAUUGUCCGUCACAACAGAGGCAACACCAUUACCUUUUAUAGAUUGAGUAGUUUACUGGAGCCCUUCUCCUGGAGACAAGGAUAAUCAAGAGGGUUGUUUUGGGAAGUAGUAGGGGUGUUCAAUAAAUUGAUACAGCCGACUUGAAAAAUCACUGGACGGUUUAGUGAGAAUAAACUGUCAGCUGCUAUAAUAACCCUGGUCUGUAAUGUGCUAUUAAUUAUUAUUGAUUACGUGCUUAAAGUGAAAUUCUAUGUUAA